CCGGCCUUUUCAUUCGAGAACUAUAGCUUAUAUACGUAACACAUAUAAAAUGUUUAUGUCGCGGUUUGAAAAAAUCGUGGAAAAUGGAUUAGUGAGUUUUCUUAGAAGAAAUCACGUGUGGACGAAAAAUAGAGUUGUCAAAUCCCCUUAUUGUGAUGUUGAAAUACCAAAUACUACUGUGUCCGAAUAUGUUUUAAGUAAUAUACACAAAUGGGAGAACAAAACUGCAGUGGUAUGUGGAGUCACCGACAGACAAUACACAUAUGGGCAGCUGUACAAACAUUCACGAACAUUAGGGGCUCAUUUGAGACGAAAUUUCAAAUUACAAAAUGGCGACGCUGUUGCAGUAAUGAUGCCGAAUGUGCCGGAGUACCCUAUCACGCUACUCGGCAUAUUAUCAGCUGGGGGUCUAGUUACUACUCUCAAUCCGACAUAUACAGCGUAUGAAGUACAAAGACAAAUAGUUAUGUCAGAUAACAAACUUAUAUUCACAAUCCCAGAAGUAGUUCCCGUCGUUCAAGAGGCUUUAAGCCUGGCAAAGAAAAACAUUCCUAUAAUUGUCAUUGAUGUAGAAAACAACCGGCAAGACGGCACUGUUUCGUAUAAAGAAAUCAUUAAUAACACAAACGUUGAUUUAAGUAUUAUUGAAGAGGUUAAAAGAGAUGCAGAAGAUGUCUCUUUUCUUCUAUACUCUAGCGGAACGACGGGAUUGCCUAAAGGCGUGGAACUAACCAAUAGAAAUAUCGUUGCGAAUUGUAAGCAGCAGGAUACAGAAUUUAGAAUGUAUGACUAUACUACCGAAACAAAUCAAGAUGCGGUACUAGCAGUCCUUCCAAUGUACCAUUCAUAUGGUUUGAGUGUGGUCACCCUUCACAAGUUGGCAGUUGGAUUGAAAUUGGUGACAAUACCAAAAUUCAAACCUGAAACAUUUGUUAAGGCUCUGGAAAAACACAGCAUUGAUUCGUUUUAUUUGGCCCCACCACUGAUGCUUUUCCUGAGUUCGUAUCCUGGGGUGACGGCAAAGCAUUUGGAUCGUUGUAGAUCUGUCACCAUUGGAGCUGCACCGCUACCCAAAGCUGAUGUUGAGGCGUUUCUGAGGAAAGUUGAGAGAGAUGUUCACGUUGGACAAGUGUAUGGAUUAACCGAAACAAGUCCACUUGCAACAUUAGCACCUUAUGGCUUCAAGAACUAUACAUCGGUUGGCUAUGCUCUACCCAACGUCGAGCUUCGGAUAAUUGACAGCGAAUCAAAUAAUUUAGGACCUAAUGAGGUUGGAGAAUUACUAAUCAAAGGGCCGAACGUUAUGAAAGGGUAUAAAAAUAAUCCAGAAGCCAACAAGCAAGUGUUCGUUGAUGAUGUCUGGUUCCGGAGUGGUGAUUUGGCCAGUAUUUCUGAUGAUGGAGUAGUAACCAUUGCUGAUAGAUUAAAGGAGCUUAUCAAAGUCAACGCAUUCCAGGUCCCUCCAGCUGAACUAGAAAGUGUUUUAAAAGAACAUCCAGAUGUCUUCGAUGCAGCAGUUGUACCUGUACCGGACCCCAUCACUGGGCAGAAGCCAAAAGCCUUUGUGGUGUUGAAAGAAAACAAACAAACAAGUGAUGAUGAAAUCCUAGCUUUUGUUAGUAAAAGAGUCGCGCCGUACAAGCGAAUUAAGGAAGUUGCGUUUCUUAAUGAAAUACCCAAGAACCCGUCGGGAAAGAUUUUGAGAAGGACACUUGUUGAAAAAUAUUGUUAGCGGACCUAUUUAUUCACAUAAGUUGCAUUAUAUACCUUUUGACGGCUACCUCUUUUGUGUCACUCCAAAUUCAACACGACAAUAAAAUUACUAUGUCAAAUAUAUGGCAAUUUCAACAAAUUCAAGUAUUAUGUAGGCAGAUUUUUCUGAAUCCCCCUCCCCUCCACUUGUCAGCAAAAGUAAGCAAAGCUCUCAAAAAAUAGUACAUUAACGUUUAAAUUUUUUGUACGGAUCCUCAAAAAUUUAUAUCGUUUUCAAACACAGACAAUUUGUGGGUAAUAAAUGUUAAAAAGUACAUACUGUUGACGUAUUUAGCAAAUAAGAAGACCAAAGGAAUCCCUACCUUAUAGUGCUUAAUUAACUUGAACGACACCAUAGUUACAUUUUAGGAAACUCCAAAAACUGAAGGCGGUAUAUAUAUUAGUUAUAAGAUGUCAUUUGAGCGAUUCCAUACGUUCGUGUCGCUUGGGUCACGCCUGCCGUACUGUUUUGUCUUAAGCUAAAUGAAAGUCCCUAUGGACUUAUGAACGUCAAAAAGAGAACUAUACAUUAAAUGCUUCUAAUGUUACAUUUACUGCCAGUUCUAUUCUCUCCGCCAUUCUUUUUAAUCGCUUGGCGAUUAAAGCGAUAUUAAGAUUAUAUUGAAAAUUGUAUUUUUACUGUUGACAUAUCAACCUUUUAUUUGUUGUUUACGCACAUGUUAAAAAAAAAGACCAAUCUUAUCUAUGUUUCCUCACACAUUGGACUAGAAUAUUGUAAAAAAAAAACAUUGUAACAAAUAAAGAUUGUUCUUAUAUUUUUUAUUACUCUCUGACUUAAAUGGAACUUCGUCGGAGAAAGCUGUAUUUCUUGCCAUUUACGAAGUUCUAGAUUUUCUCAAAGUACACAUCUGUUU